CAUGAGAUGCGUAACAAUGAUCCAUCUCACGAUUGGCUACAUGUCAAUCGUGUAGUGAGAUUAGUACAGACGAUCGCAAAGGAGGAGAAAUAUGAAGGCGAUUGGGAACUGUUGACACUAUCAGCUAUAAUGCAUGACGUUGGUGAUUGGAAGUAUGCUGCUGGUGGCGAUGAACGUGCUGGUGUCAAUGCCGUCGAAGCCUUCUUGACGUCGCACGACUAUCCCCUCGACAAGACCAAGAGAGUCUGCCACAUCGUCAACGACGUAUCAUUCAAGAAUGAGCUGAGUCGCCCGUCCGACUACAUCUUCUCACAAGAGUCCAAGAUCGUCCAAGAUGCCGACAGGCUUGAUGCCAUUGGUGCCAUUGGCAUUGCGAGGACAUUCGCUUAUGGCGCGACAAAGUGUUCACCAUUCUAUGGCGACGCGUCGUUUGGUCAGUCGAUCAACACAACGCUCACUAAGGAAGACUAUAUGAAGCGAUCGACACAGAAGCAGCCAGUGGUCGAUCACUUCUAUGACAAGCUGUUCAAGCUCAGGGAUCUGAUGAAGACUGGUACCGGGCGUCGUCUGGCUGAGAGUCGCCAUCAAGCAAUGGUCGAGUUUAUCCAACAGAUGCGCGACGAAGUGGAUGACGGCACAAAUCCACCUGGCGACACU